GAUGUUAACUUCAAAAACAUUUGUUAAGAAAACAAAGAGGGGGAGGAUCAUUAAGAUUGUGAGGGAGCAUUAUUUGCGUGAUGACAUAACUUGCGGGUCGGAAUCUUGUCAGACAUGCGAUCCUUUUGACUUCGGCCAGCCACUGAGCUCGGAACCUGAAAACAAAAGUCGUUUGUGUUUGACGCCUCAUUACCUCAUACCAGAUACAAAUGUAGUUCUCCACCAGAUGGAUGUCUUGGAGGACAAUGUAGUACAGAAUGUUGUAAUUCUACAGACUGUCCUGGAUGAGGUGAGGCACAGAAGUUCCCCAGGCUACAAGAGACUAAAGAGCAUGUUGGCCAACCCAAGCAAGCAUUUCUUCACUUUCUGUAAUGAAUUCAAUAAACACACCUAUGUGGAGCGCCAGAAAGGAGAGUCUUCCAAUGACAGAAAUGACCGUGCAAUUAGAGAAGCAACAAAUUGGUAUCAAAAGCACCUGCGUGCAGAGAGCCAGGCGGAUUUGAUUAUUGAUGUUGUCCUUCUGACAAAUGAUGCUGACAACAGGAGGAAAGCAGUACAGCAAGGCCUUAAAGCAUUCACAGUCCAUGAGUAUGUAGAAAGUUUGGAGAACUGUGGACACCUUGCAGAUCUUUUGUCACAAUCACAGAUGAGUGUGCAUUCUCAGGACCGCCUCCUAUUCCCAGAACACCUCCCACUAUCUGAGAUACAACGUGGAAUCAAGUCAGGGCGAUACUUUCAGGGAAGCUUCAUGGCAAGUCGGGAGAACUAUCUUGAGGCAAAUGUCAGCAUCCAUGACAAAGACCAAAUGGUAUUCAUACAAGGACAUAUGAACCUGAACAGGGCUGUACACAGUGAUGUGGUUGCCAUAGAGAUGUUACCAGAGGAGGAAUGGAGCUGCCCCUCCUCAAUGGUAUUAGAGGAGUCUACAGAGAAAGUGGUAGAAGACAGUAUGGAAACAGAGGAUAAUGCUGUUAAAAGAUCUAAAGUUCCUAAAGAGUUAAGACAGCCGACUGGUAAAAUUGUUGGCAUCAUCAAGAGAAAUUGGCGGCAAUAUUGUGGAAUUCUGCGACCCUCAGCAAUGAAGGAGGGUACCCGACAUAUUGUUGUACCAGCAGAGAAGAGGAUUCCAAAAAUACGUAUUGAAACAAGACAGGCAGCUGAGCUUGUCACACAGAGAAUUGUAGUUGCCAUUGACAACUGGCCACGUAACUCCCGCUACCCCCAGGGUCAUUUUGUGAGGAAGCUUGGUAGCAUUGGUGACAAGGAGACUGAGAAUGAAGUCUUGUUACUGGAACAUGAUGUUCCCCACUCUAACUUCUCCGAAGCCGUGCUUGCUUGUCUUCCAAAACUCCCUUGGAUCAUUACAGACGAGGAUUACAAACGUAGGCGAGACCUGCGUCACAUCGAUAUCUGUAGUGUUGAUCCCCCAGGCUGUACAGAUAUAGAUGAUGCUCUCCAUUGUCGAGAAUUAGAAAAUGGAAACCUUGAGGUUGGAGUCCACAUUGCCGACGUGUCCCACUUCAUCAGACCAGGCACAGCCAUCGACAAGGAGGCUUCUGAACGUGGCACCACUGUUUACCUUACAGAUAGGAGAAUAGACAUGGUGCCAGAACUUCUCAGCUCCAAUCUGUGUUCUCUCAGGUCCAAUGUUGAAAGGUUUGCAUUUUCAAUAUUAUGGGAAUUGACACAUGAUGCUGAAAUAGUAACGACAAGCUUUACAAAGAGCGUUAUUAAGUCCAAGGCAGCCUUUACCUAUGCUGAAGCUCAAAUGAAAAUCGAUGAUACAGCACAGGACGACCCCCUCACCAGAAGUUUACGACAUCUCAAUAGGCUAGCCAAGAUUUUAAAACAGAGGAGGAUUGAUGCAGGUGCUCUGACACUUGCUUCACCUGAAAUCCGAUUCCACAUCGACAGUGAGACACAUGAACCAAUCGACGUUCAGGCAAAACAGAUUAUGGAAACAAACUCCAUGGUUGAAGAGUUCAUGUUACUGGCAAACGUUGCAUCAGCCAAGAAAACGUUGGAGGAGUUUCCUGACUGUGCAUGUCUGAGACGACAUCCUGCACCGCCUCCGUCCAAUUUUGAUCCAGUCAUAAAAGCUGCAGCGUCAAAGGGUUUCAAAAUAGAUGUGUCUAAAGGGAAGGCUCUGGCAGACAGUUUGGAGGCGGCUGUUGUACCUUCAGAUCCCUACUUCAACACAAUGCUGCGUAUUAUGACUACUCGUUGUAUGAUGCAGGCUGUUUACUUCUGCAGUGGUAUGAUCCCCGAGUCUGAGUAUUUUCACUACGGUCUGGCAGCUGGUAUCUAUACCCACUUCACAUCUCCUAUCAGGAGAUUCUCCGACAUCAUCGUACACAGACUGCUGGCUGUAUGUAUAGGAGCAGAUGCUUCUUAUCCUAGUCUUACAGACAAACACAAAACACAGGUAGUGUGUAAUAAUUUGAAUUAUCGACACAAGAUGGCACAGUAUGCUGGUCGAGCCUCGGUCAAUCUCCAUACACAUAUUUUUUUCAAGAAUCGCAUCACAAAUGAAGAAGGAUAUGUCCUAUUUGUGCGACAGAACGCCCUACAGGUGCUUAUUCCCAAGUAUGGUUUAGAGGGUACCCUGUACCUGAGUGACGGAAAAUCCAAGUCCGACCCACGCUUUACAUACAAUGAAGAGGCCAGUACCCAAACUUGUGGGAAUGUGACAUUCCAUGUGUUUGACCAGGUCAUCGUAGAACUCAGCAUUGAUCAGUCCAAUGUCCAGCACCUAAAGCUUUGUCUCAAGCUUGUCAAGCCUGAGAUACCAAAUUUUAGUGUUUCACCGCUCAGCACUGAUGACAGUGAACCGCCAACAAAAAAACAGAAGACAACACCAAGUAAACCCUAGACAGCUGUUAUUCGGAAUUAGAAGGACUGUGAACUGUCAGUGAAAAAUACAACAAGCAAACAAAAUAAUGUGACCAGGCCUACAUAACAGACUAAGGGCAAGCAUUGUGGGCAACAGAGAAAAAAUCUGAGAAUGGUGAACCCUUGACUAAAGAGAAGAUUAUAGACCUAAAUCAUGAAAGAGGCCAACAGCAAACAUUUUGAUUUGAAAGAUUCAGGUCAGAAAAUAAGUCUAUUAAUCCCUUCUAAUUAUUGGAAAAACAAAAGGAGAUAUUUCCUCUUUAACAUCUACCUGUAAAUUAUGAAAAGAUUUAAGCCCAAGAGGAAAUAUCUAUCUUGAGGAAAUAGCUAAAAAAAAUAAGUACUUGCAGGUAUAUGCAAGGAAGACAAUGUCAAUGACA